CACUUCCAUUCCAUUGUUUAACUACCACACUCUUUUCUCUUUCUUCUUUGAAGUUUUCACUAUUCACAAAAGGCCAUUCAAACAACCACUCUCUCCCUCCAAACACCAAACAACAAACUCACAAGGAAUAUACCCUUUGAUCCCAAUUACCUUCCCCCUUUCCCUUUCUCUAUUUUCUCCCUCUUUUCAUUAUUAUAUUAUUAUUAUUAUAUAUCCAUUCAUACAUACAUACAUACAUACACACCUCUUAACCUCUCUCUCUCUCAUCCUAAGGUAAAAUUUCAAACUUUGAUAUGCAACAAGUGGCAGCAGAAGUUCAGCAACAACAGGUGAAGAAAAAGCAACAAGAAACACAGAUGUGUAGGAAGAUCAAACUAACUAUUUCUGAUCACAAUAAAAACAUCUCAUCACAUGAUGAUGAUGAUGAUGAUGUUUGUGACAAGAUGGACGGCGAGGAUCUCUUCAUUCCACCUCUCAAUUUUGCUAUGGUUGAUAAUGGCAUUUUCCGCUCUGGUUUCCCUGAACCAUCUAACUUCUCAUUCCUUCAAACCCUUGGCCUUCGUUCAAUCAUAUAUUUGUGUCCUGAACCAUAUCCAGAAGCUAACAUGGAGUUUCUCAAGUCAAAUGGGAUCAAGCUUUAUCACUUUGGGAUUGAAGGCCAUAAGGAGCCUUUUGUAAAUAUCCCAGAAGACACUAUCAGGGAAGCACUAAAAGUUCUCCUUGAUGUUAGGAACCACCCAGUUAUAAUUCACUGUAAGCGCGGAAAGCACAGAACAGGUUGUUUAGUCGGAUGCUAUAGAAAACUUCAAAAAUGGUGUUUGUCGUCUGUUUUUGACGAGUAUCAACGAUUUGCAGCUGCGAAAGCUCGAGUUUCAGAUCAAAGGUUUGUAGAGUUGUUUGAUAUUUCCAGCUUGAAACAUUUGCCCUUACCAUUUUCAUAUUUGAAGAGGUAACAACAACACACACAAAAAAUGUAAUGCUAAAUGGGGUUUUUCUUUCAUUAGCUUGUGAAAGUGAAUCCAAAGGUUCUUCCUUUUGAAUAAUAAAAUAGGAAAAGGUGAUGAAGUCCUUCAAUGCAUUGCAGCAGCAAAGGAAUAAUUCUUCUUCUCCCAUUCUUUUUUUAGAAUAAGAUAAGAAAGUUUAUGAAAUAGUAUAGAGCAUUAUGAUGUAUCAAUGUAUGUGUUAAGAACACUGUCUCUGUGUUCCUCCUAUUUUAUUUUCUUUGUAUUUUAUGUUUUUCUUUGCUGCUCCAUAUUCAUGAUCAUUGAGUGUAGAUUAAUUAGUCUUGAUUUUUUUUCUUGAGGCUAAGUGAAAUUCAAGAAUGCUAGAAAAAAAAACAAGCAUUGUUUUGUCAGCAGAGAAAAUUUCAAAUUUCAUUUGCUAGAUUGAUUUUUGCUUUCAUUAUUUUGAUUUGAUUAUUAAAUAUGUGGGAGUGUUUUGAAA